AUGUCACAAGAUUAUAAUGCCAGUGGACAAUUUCUUGAGGAAACCUCGAGUAUUGAAUAUAGUAUAAACAUAAUUCAAAAGAAUAUUGAACGUAUUCAAAUGUUGCAAACACAUAUUCUAGUGAGUACUUCAAUACAGCAGGAGGAUAGUAGCAAUAAAGAACGUGAAGAGCUUAUAUUAAAUACCAAAAAUAUACUUUUUGAAAUUAAGAAUCGUAUCAAAAAAAUUGAAUAUGAAAAUGUUAAAUUACCAAAAAAUGAUCCAAAUGUCAGUCUUAGGAAACAAAGAUAUGAAUAUCUCAAAGAGAAAUUCACCAAUGUACUUGAAGAAUAUCGUGGUGUUGAAGAUAUUUACAUGAGACAACAGAAAGAAAGGACAGCACGUCAAUAUAGAGUUGUAAAUCCGGAAGCAACUCAAAGUGAAAUUGACAAUUAUUUGAGUGAUCCAUCAAGUCAACCCCUUUUUCAACAAGCUUUGAUUCAUACAGGCGAAGCUCAUGCAGCAUUUGCCGAAGUUCAAAAACGUCAUAAUGAUAUAAAACAGAUUGAAAAAACAAUCGAGGAAUUAGCAAAUUUAUUUCGUGAAAUGCACUUACAAGUUGAAGAACAAGAUUCUGUACUUGUAAGUGUUGAAGAAUCUGUUGAAGAAACCUUGAUUAACACUAAACAAAGUUUUAUUGAAAAGGCAAAUGAGAGUGCAGUUCAAGCAAGAAAAAAGAAGUGGAUUUGCUUAGGAAUUACAUUUGUUCUUCUUGUUAUUAUGAUAAUAGUUAUAAUAAUACAAUUUGGUUCUAAAGAAGCUAUAAAGUCAUCUCCAACUCAUGUCACUGCUGUAGCAGAAACUUCUUCUGCAUUACUUGGAUUAACACCAGCUCCUUCAAACACUUAG